AUGCAACGACCAAAAUUGACAACCACUGUUUGGGAAGAUGAAGGAACUGUUUGUUAUCAAGUGGAUGCCAAAUCUGUUUGUGUGGCGCGACGUCAAGAUAAUGAUAUGAUCAACGGUACCAAGUUAUUGAAUGUAGUUGGCAUGUCAAGAGGAAAAAGAGAUGGUAUAUUGAAGAAUGAAAAGGGUCGUAUUGUCGUUAAAGUAGGUGCUAUGCAUUUGAAAGGUGUUUGGAUUACUUUUGAAAGAGCAAAAGAUUUGGCUGCAAAGUUUAAAAUCACUGAUUUAUUGUAUCCUUUGUUUACUGAUGAUCCUUCCGUAUUCUUAUGUCCAUCCACGGUACCUGGUACAAAUGUGUCAGUGGCAUCCUCGGCUAUAUUCCCUCCUCCAUCCGGUAUUACUUCCACCAUUUCUCAACCUAACUUAUCUAUGAUGGUACCUUCAAGAACAAUGACUCCUUCUUUUCCUUACAAACAAGAUCCUGCUUAUGGUUUUCCGAUAUCUUCUUGGGAACGUCAUACCGAUUCUAGUAAUGAUUCUAUUGAUCAUCAUGAUUCUUUUACAAGUAAGUUUGUUACAUAUAUUCUUUUUAAAAAUAUUGAUUUAUGUUUCUUUUUUUUUAGGCAUUCUUCGUGGAAAUGA